AGAGCCUCGCCUGCUCGUGCGCACGCGCCCUUUUUCCGAGGUCCAGCGUGGCGGCCUGCGAUCCCGCACUGGUCCUCCGCGCUGUCGCUGGCUGGCCUUCGUGCAAGUCGUUCACUUUCUGCGUCUGAGGGCCGAACUUCUGGGUUGGUGUUUCCACAAAUUCCAGUUGGGCUUCUGAACUUGUUUUCCUCGCUAGCUCGUAGGACGGUCUUUAGUCGGGAACGUUUUCAGUGCUUCCCCGCCGUUGGGGCUCUGUGGAUGGUGGAUGUUACCCUUGGAUCGGUGUUCCUCCUCUCUGAGUCUCUUGCUUUAUGUGCAGUUAAUCUAAGCUUUCUACAGCUACAACAGUGAGCUCACGUAAAAAUAAAAUGUCCCAGGCCAAGUUCUCGGAAAUCGAAGGUCAAACACGCUCUCUGCUUUGGCAGGAGGGAGGCCCAGGUUAUAACGCCUUUUAUCGUGCCCCGGCGGGGUGCCUUACCCAGGUCAUUUAUUCACGCUGGUGAGCAGGACAGAGUUGUUAAAAGCAGCUGCAUCGGGAUAUGUAACAUUCAUGGAGGAGGGCUUUGGAGUCACUUGCUAGGAGGCUUCUCUCCCCGCCCCCCAGGCCGGCAUGGCUGCUCGGCUGGUGAAGCGAUGCACGUGCUUCCUGAGGGAAGCCACCCGUCUGGCCCCUGCCGUGUCCCCGGUUGGCCAGCUGAGACUCGCCCGGAGAGCCCAGAAGCCUCUGACGUCCUCGGCUACCUCAUCCAGCUCCCGCCUCCCAGGUCCUUUGUCAGAGCUUGUGGAGAAGGAACAGGUGUUUACUCCCUACCCUGAGCGCCAGGAGGUGGACCAGCUCAUCGAGAAGGCCACCAGGCCAGAGGAGCUCCUGGAGCUUCUGGGUGGCGGACACUGUCUGCACGAGAACCACGCCGCCCUCACACUCAUCCAGCUCUCUCGCCUGCUGUCUGAGAAGCCGAAAGACAAAGCCUUGCUCAUACAGGAUGCCCGCUUUCGGCAACUUCUCCAUCUUGUCAACAACCAGAUCACUGCAGUCUGGCAUGGGACCCUCGUGAAGCUGCUCCGGAGCCUCUAUGCACUGGGCCUUCCCCCCACCUCCAAGGAGCUGCGGUCGGUGGAGCAGGAGGUCCGCUGGCGCAUGCGCAGGCUGAAGUACAAGCACCUGGCCUUCCUGGCCGAGUCCAGCGCCAACUACAUGCAGGAGCAGGACUCCCAGGAGCUGCUGGCCGAGCUGCUGGUGCAGCUGGAGCGGCGCUGGGCAGAAAUCGAUGACAGCCGCAUGCUGGUGGCCAUGAUGAUGAAGACGGGGCACCUCUCCGAGUCUCUGAUGACCCGCCUGGAGGACAAGUGCCUGGAGCUGGUGGAGCAUUUUGGCCCCGAGGAGCUGCGGAAGGUGCUGGUGACAUUGGCAGCUCAGAACCGGCGGUCGGUGCCCUUGCUGCGGGCCAUCUCGUACCACCUGGUCCAGAAGCCCUUCCCCCUGACGAAAGGCAUCCUCCUGGACCUGGCCUACGCCUAUGGCAAACUCGGCUUCCACCAGACGCAGGUGUUCCAGCGCUUGGCUGCAGACUUGUUGCCCCACACUCCUAGCCUGACGUCCAGCGAGGUGGCACGCUGCACCAAGUCCUUUGCCUUCCUUAAGUGGCUCAAUCUGCCCCUGUUUGAGGCCUUUGCCCAGCACGUCCUGGACAGAGCCCAGAGCAUCACUCUGCCACACCUGUACAACAUGCUCCUGGCUUUCGCCCGUGUGAACUUCCGCCCAGAACGGGAGGAUCCGUUCUUCAGCCUGGUGCAUGAGAAGCUGGGGUCAGAGCUGGCGGGCCUGGAGCCAGCCCUGCAGGUGGACGUGGUGUGGGCCCUGUGUGUGCUGCAGCAGGUGCUGGAGGCCGAGCUGCAGGCUGUGCUCCACCCUGAGUUUCACACCCAGUUUCUAGGUGUCGAGUCCCCAAAGGAUCAAAGCACCUUCCAGAAGCUGCUCCAUAUCAAUGCCACUGCCCAGCUGGAGCACCCCGAGUACACGGGCCCCCUUUUGCCAGCCUCAGCCUUGGUCCCCAGGCCCUCGGCCCUUGACAGGAAGGUGACCCCCUUGCAGAAGGAACUGCAGGAGACGCUGAAGGGGCUGCUGGGGAGUGCCGACAAGGGCAGCUUCAUGGUGGCCACGCAGUAUGGCUGGGUUCUGGAUGCUGAGGUGCUGCUGGACACCGACAGCCAGCUCCUGCCCCUGAGGGCCUUUGUGGCCCCUCAUCUCGCCCUGCCCUCUGGCAGCCAGCCACUACCCCCGGGGGCCAAGAGGCUGGCCUUCCUGCGCUGGGAGUUCCCCAACUUCAACAGCAGGAGCAAAGACUUACUGGGGCGCUUCGUGCUGGCCCGGCGCCACCUGCUGGCCGCUGGCUUCCUGCUGGUCGAUGUCCCAUACUACGAGUGGCUGGAACUUAAGUCUGAAUGGCAGAAGAGCGCCUACCUCAAGGACAAGAUGCGCAAAGCAGUGGCAGAGGAGCUGGCCAAGUAACCUGUCCGGUAGCAAGGACUGUGUGACCAGGGGGCCGGACUCCCCUGGAGGCCUAGCCACGAGCACUGGUGGGCCAGAGGUGGCACGCUCGAGGACAAACCUCAGUGCAGGACCUUGGCCGGAAGUGGGCUGGUGGCCAGCAUCUCUGAGUGGCAGGUCGUUCUUUCAUGGGUAAUAAAUCUUUAAUCAGCU